UUAGUUAAUAGUACACAAGAAUUAUAUUACAAAAAAAAAUGUUGCAUUUAUUUUCAAGCACUUUAGUUUAUACACAAAAAUAAACACAAAACUGUCGUAGAUUAAGAAAAUUUGUGUAAAAUGUAGCGUAAGAAUUAUUGAUAUACACGUUAAAUACAGAGAUAAUCGGAUUGUUAGUGAUUUUCGCAAAGAAUUUUCCAUCCAAAUGUUUUUUACACAAAAACUGAAAUAUUUUUCACUUCAUCUCUAUUAAAGUCCCCAUACGGAGCACACACAUGUAGACACACAUUCAACAACAACAGAACUCUCUCGUAUAUGUUAACAUAUAAAUAUAUAGAAAUAAAUACAUAAAAGUAGCGAAAAAACUGAAAAAAUACGGAGGCCAAUAAAAUUAGCACAUAUAGAGCUUUUGCAGUGUACCUUUGGAAUUCAACAACACAAAUUUUUAACAAAAAACGAAACAACUUUACGGACUAUCAACAAAUAAAGAAAAGAAAUUUAAAUAUUAAAGACAAUACAGCAAACAUUUAACCUGAUUUAUAAAUAAAUAGAGGACAUUUGCGUACAUUCGGAACUUUUGUUGAAUGUACGACGACGACGACGUUGUUAGUUCAAUGCGCGAUUAAAUGUUCGCAAAAAAGUGGCGAUGAAGCGAUCGAAGAGAUUGUCGGCGAAAAUGUCUGCCAAAGACAGUGUCGGGGCAUCAAAACGACUCAAAACAACAGCAAAGAGUCCCGCGACAAAAGAAGAGACUGCAACAGAUGACGAAACCAAAGCUGCGAAAGUGAUAAAGGAAGAGAGAAAAGAAGAAGAUCCCGAAAGUGUGCCAUCCGCGGAAAAAUUGGAAGUGAAACAGGAAAAAAUCGAGGAAGACGAGAAAAAAGUCAAAAAUGAAGAAGAGGAGCCAAAAGUUUGUUUUGAUUAUUGUGAUGUUGUUGCGCGUCGUAUCGAGCCAACAACGACAAACAUUACGGAGGAUAAUGUUAAAAUAAAGGAAGAAAUUCUGGAUGACGGAAACAGUAUUGAGAUAGGAGAACCAAAAAUCCAUCAAGAGGAGAUUGCAAUUAUUGUGCCAACGAAAACGAAGCAUCACAUAGAGACGCCGAGCGACGAUGAAAGUGGGCAUAAUUUAUUAGAUUUAGAGGAUGAUAGUAACAAUAGCUUGUUAGAUGACGAAUUGACUUCUGCCAAAAAUCAAUUAAGUUUAAGUAAGAGUAAUAACGACGACGAAUCAACCACCAACACGACAAUUUCCAUCGAAAACUUCAUGGAAACGUACGAGCAGAUGAUAGUUUGCCGAAAUGCUGAGAAGAAGACAUCACAAUAUUGUUCAUUCAUGGAAACGUACGGGUUUAUAAUGACGUUUCGGUGUGUCUACGAAGUACCAAAACACAAACGAGACAGAGACUCUGAGCAGGCAAUCAACAUUUUGCUCGCUCGUUACACGGGAAUCGAUAAUCUGGAUGUUCUACAGGUAUUAUUGGAAGCACUCAACAUGAUCGGAGAUCUGGAGGAAUAUCAAACAUUUGGACUCGAGCCUGUCGACUGCAUUUUAAUUACAUUUCUUCAACUAAAAGUCUGCGUAUCAUUUAAGGAUGUUGCCAAAGUAUUCAAGUGUGAGGAGAAAGUUGCUGCGACGUGUUUUGUCACGAUGCUGCGCAAGAUUCGGAAGAUGCUCAAAAGUGUCAUUUAUUGGCCGACGCGCGAAGAAACCGAAAUGACAAUACCGAAAUUCUUCAAGCCCGCUUACUCGAACGUUCGCACAAUCUUUACAAAUUUACAAGUACAAACGACGGGCGAGCAGAAACAACGGUUUGUCAUCGGAUUCGCGCCAAGUGGCUUUGUGUCGUACAUUAGUGCGGGCUACAAUGCCGACACGUAUUCGGAUGAGAAGAUUUUCCGGGCGGAAAAGUUGCGACAACGAUUUGAGCGAAAUCAGGAUGCACUCAUGGUGCUGUACGGUUUUCCGAUUGAGAAUUUGCUGGGCGUGAGUAAUUUUCGGGUGUUUAGACCGCCAUUCAUCGUGAAAAAAGUGUUACCUGAUAACAAAACAAUUGUAAGGGAAAAUUUCGCCUUAUUUAAACAUGUAACUGAAACAUGUUCGAGCUUGCAAAAAUUUCAAAUACUCUCACUACCGUUAAAAUUUCCAUCUGCGUUUGUCGAUGAAGUUUUAUUCAGUGUUUGUGUUUGUAUCAACUAUAAUGUAAUGUUUCGGAAUACUUAAAAAACCUAAAGAAAUUAACAAA